GAUUCAUUAACCACGCGUCUCAACGCGUUUUGUAAACAAACGACCUCUACAUUAAAUUGCAUAUAAAAUAGGGAGGAUUUCCUGGUCAAACACCUGUUUUAUUCGAAUAAAUGAAUUUCGAUACUUUGCUUUGAUCUUUUUUUAGUUUCAGAACUGUCUUACGAGUAGAAGAACGGACAAGAACUGGUUUUCCUUCAAUUUUUUUAUUUUCUCCUAUCUGUUUCAUUGGAUACACGUCCAUGAACGUGAAUUCAACAUAUUUUCGGUGACCUGCCCAUGUCUUCAGAUGAUGACUUAGAAUUUGCAGACAUUAACGUAAAUGAUCUGUUUCAAGGCGUAAAUUUGGAUGAGCUAGAGCAGCAAGCUCAACAACAAGUGCUUUCCCAGAAACCUACCCAAGUUUCUUCUGUUCAUACGACCCUUGUAAAUCCGUUGGGCUCACAACCCCCGCUGUCUCAAGUAUUCGAUUACGGAAAUCUGGGUUCUCAGGAUCUCCAACAGCAAUUACUCAUCAGAGGCGGUGAGAAUGCAAUUCUACGCUCGAACAUUGCCAAACAGGCCGAACAAAAUAACUUAACGCUAGAGUCACUUAACAGGUCUAUUCAACAACAGCAAGAAUCAUAUCAAAAAAAGCUAGACGAGCUUCAAAAUGAGAUUGAAUAUGCGAAAACGAAAUCUCUCUUUCAUGAACGUGAAGCCCAAGAAGCCGUCGAGGCUAUGAAGAAACUACAACGGGAUCCGAAACAGACCUCUGUUUUAUCGACGUCUUCCCAAAAGCCUAACAAAGAUGGGUUUCCAAGUGUAGACCAUUUAUUUCCUUCGGCUUCUCAGGCUGAACCGUCCCAUAAGGCAAAAUCAGCCUCGAAACCUGGGACGCUGAAGAAAAAACGAAAAAUAUCAUUACCCCAAUAUGUAGAGGGUUCCAAGUCGAAAGAAUCGAAUAUGCAACAUGAUAUGUCUUUUCCGAUGUAUUCGAACAGUAUGAUACAGGAGUUAUUCAUCUUCCAAAAGAGAGAAGAAAUUUUAUUUUUGUCGCGAAAUUUAACGAACAUACUGAAUUGUUAUUCACCUUUGUUUGAGGAGUUUCAGUCUUUUCAGCCUUGUUUUAAACUUUACGAAUCAUUAUGCAACUACAUAUAUAACUCUGAUUUGUCAUCAGAGUAUGAUGAAUAUCAAAAAUCUGUUAUUCAAGCUAUUGUCAGUCUUUUCAAAAUGGCCGUUACACACGAGUUUUUCAAGCCUUUACGCGGCCUUGUUCAACUCCUAGAGGGUCUUGUUUUUUUUGAACCUGAUAGUUGCGUUUUACUUUUACAUACACACAUUCCGGCUCUCAUAAGUAAUGCUAUCGAGGCCAUUGCUUCUAAAAACCAUACAACUUCCCCAGGAGUACUUCAACCACUAGUCCAGUUUUUACGAUUCUACAUGCCAAUCGUAUCCGACUUAGCUCCAUCAAAAUUCGAGGAGGUAGCUGGGCAAAUAAAACACGAAGUCUUUUACCAUUGUCUUCUGCUUCAUGACUCUCUAUUUCUCAUCAAAGAAGGCUUACUGUUACUCAUGAGUUCCACGACAGUUUCUUAUUGUGCAUCAAUCAAAUUUGUAAAUACAGACGAAACUGGACGAGAUUCAAUUUUGCGAUUGAUAACUACGAUUUCUCAUAUAUUCGUAGAACCAACACGGGAAGAUAAUGAUGUUUAUUCCAUUAUGAAGUGGAAGGAAAUUCAUCGUAUUAUUAUAUCGCUAUUCACAAACUUUUUGCAAAAAAACCGAUCGAUCACCACGGAAAUCCUUCGGAACUGUUUUCCAAUUAUGCCUUGCUUUGCUCUUGGCUUAUGUUGGUACCAUCAACGGCUUCUGUCUGCUAUGUUCGAUACAUCGGAUACUGCUGAAAUACUAGUGUCCAUUAUUCGACUUUUGUAUCUAAUUGCUCCUGCUGAUUUGUCCUCCAGGCUCAUGAGUGCCGGAAACGGUCUACAUUCGCGGUUUAUUUAUGCUUUGGCUUCAUGUACAUUCGGCGAUUUGGAAAACCAUUUAUUUGGCGACGAUGCGUCAGAAACCGCUUCUUUGGGUUCGUAUCUAUUGGAAAUCUGCCUGUCCCCAGAAGAAUUGGAGCAACUGUACAAUAAUUUUUGAUGUUUGCUUUCUUUGAAAAUAAUAGCUUUUCCUUUCUCAACUUUUAAACAACUUACUUUCUCGUAAAAUAAUAAAAAAAAUAAGAUUCAUAUCGUUAAUAAAUGAGGAUUCUUAUUCAAUUACCUUGUUCCUAAACCAUUAUAACUAGAAUAAAAUAAAGAUCAUAAAAAAG